GUUAUAUUACCGAACCUCACAUAAAAAUAAAAAUAUUUUAACCUUCAUAAUACAAACAAACCAAACCUCGUAAAUUUUAUUGUCCAAAAAUAACAAUCCAAACCUCAUAUAUGGACAUUCGCGUGCUAGAGGCGGUUUUCGCGCGCUUUAAAACGAUAUUCUAAGACCUCGUAUGUCCGUUUGUUUACAUUUAAAAAAUACGUUUAUAAUUGCGUUGUUCUUAGUAGUCUCAGUUUUUACGUGCUAAACUUUAAAAUAAAUUGUGCUAACAUGUCUGGAAGAGGAUUAAGAAUGUUAGCACUCAUUCGAAAUAAUCAAUAAAGUGAAAUUCCUGAAGUGGACAGGGUAUUACCUCCAGAACAUUCAAUGCCUGAAUCUAACCUUCAAACAGGCCAAAUACCAAAAGCAUCAGAACCUAUUAGUCAAAUCGAAUCUGAAGAAAUCACGAAAUUGUUCUAACAUAAUGUACACCCAAUACCUUACUGGAUAUAACUGACUCUCAGAUAAGUGCAACAAAAACUAAUAUAAUAAUUGAAUGUCCUGAAGAUAUUGCUCAUGAGCUUGGCAUCACAGUCGAUGAUGGCGAACCAAAAUCAAACCAAGCAGAGCCUUCCACCUCAACUGGGAAAAAUACUCAGCAUUUCGAUAAUAUCCUUAAAGAUUCUGAUAGUUUUUGUGUUCAAAAUCAGCAUGCAAAUAAUAAUUCUCAUGAUGAAAAUUCUUCACACUCUAAUGAGAGUUAUGAAUCUGACAUGCCUUAUGAGCCAUCCAGUGAUAAAAAUGGCUCAAGCACUGACGCCGAAGUUUUCAUAAAUGACGAAAACAGACAAGAAGCUGCAAAUCUUGCAAUUCCCAAAGAAAAGCAAAAGCGAAAGCGUUUAAAGAACGCUCGGUCGGUCAAAGUGGGUCAAAGUGACUGCUCAUUAUGGCAAAAAAAUAUAAAUAUUGCUAAAAGAAGAAAAUGAGAAGAGUACCAAGAUAGGCAGUUAAGUGAAGGGAAAACGAUUCCAGUAUUAAAGAAAAAAAGACAACUUGGUGAAGCUUGUUCUCGCGCGUCGUGUUUCAAGACUCAAAAUAGAAACUGUAAUCAGUUUACUCACGAGGAUCGUUUAAAAAUAUUUAAUAACUUUUGGGACAACAUGGAUUGGGGCCAAAAAAAAGUAUUUGUUUCAGGACUAAUAGAUGUUUGUCCACCAAAAUCAAGAAAAAAUUAUCAGCAAAAAAAAUCUGUUACUUUAGUUUAUCACUUAAAAAAAGAUAACCAAAGGUUAAGCGUAUGCAAACAAAUGUUUUUAAAUACAUUGGGCAUCGGAGAAUGGACUGCUAGAGAAUGGGCUUUAAAAGGACACCAUAAGUCUUCUCUUAACAUAGAAAAAUUGAAAGUUCAGCUAAAACCCAAACGAAAUAAACAUUUGGAAUCAUUUCUAAAUGUUCUGCCGGAAAUGCCUUCGCAUUACUGCAUGUCCCAAUCUAGCAAGUUAUAUUUAGAGUCGAUCUUUAAAUCCAAACAAGAAGUUUAUGACGUAUACGUCGAAAACUGCGCUGAAGCCAAAGUAAAGCCAUUAUCUCUUACUCAAUUUAAAAAAAAAAUUACACAAAUGAACAUUGGGUUAUUUCAACCUAAAAAAGAUCAAUGCGAUCUGUGUUGCUUGCACGAAGUAAAUAACCUAAGUGAGGAAAAAUGGCUGGAACAUCAACAAAGAAAGGAAGAUGCAAGAAAAGAAAUGCAAGAAGACACUAAUAAAGCUAAAUUAGAUAAAAGCACACUGGUGAUCACAACGGACUUACAGGCGGUUCUUUUGUGUCCACUUUUGAAAGCCUCAGCCAUAUACUACAAAAAAAAACUAAUAUUUCACAACUUUACAUUGUUUAAUAAUGUUACACACGCAGUUACCUGUUACGUCUGGCAUGAGGGCAAGGGAAAUGUUACAGCUAAUGAGUUUUCCUCGUGCAUUGAAGACUAUAUUGAGAAAAAUCAUUAUGAACAAUUAAAAGAAAUAAUUCUAUGGAGUGAUGGUUGCACAUAUCAAAAUUGGAACCCUAUUUUAUCAAACGCACUUCUGCAAUGUUCAGCACUAAAAAAUGUGAGUAUUAUACAAGAUUUUAGAGAAAGGCCAUACCAAAAUGAGUUGCGAUUCUGUUCAUAGCGUAAUAGAACGCAAAAUUAAGAAUAGAAUUAUCAGUGUUCCUGCUGAUUACGUGAAUAUAAUUGAAACGGCACGAAAACAUCCUACGCCUUACAAUGUGAUUUAUUUAGAACACACAUUUUUUAAAGCAUAUUCUAAUUUAAAAUAUUAUAGUUCUAUUCGUCCCGGAAAAAAGGCAGGUGAUCCAGUUGUUACAGACAUAAGAGCCUUGCAGUAUAAUGGAUCAAACCUUACUAUUGAAUACAAAUUGAAAAUGACAGAUAUUUGGCAGCCUAUACCUCAAAGACCAGGGAAAUUUUUAACUAGAAAGCCUGCGGAUUUAUAUACCACUGCUCCUGGAAUUCAAAAGGACAAGUAUGACCACUUGCAAGAGCUAACCAAAGUUCUUAAAGCAGACUACCAUCUGUUUUACAAAAAUUUAAAUUAUUAUUAAUUUAUAAAUAUUAUAAGUUUUUGUUAAAUAUUUCACAAAGUUUGUAAGUUUCAAAAUAAAAUGCCCUGAUUA